AUGUCGCAAACCUCUCCUGCCAUGGAGCUCAAGGAAAACACCACAAUCGUCGUUCUCGGCGCCUCCGGCGACCUGGCGAAAAAGAAGACAUACCCCGCCCUCUUCGGCCUGUACCGAAACCAGUUUCUUCCCAAAGAUGUGCGAAUCGUUGGCUAUGCGCGAACGAAAAUGGACCACGAGGAGUAUCUCCGCCGGAUCAAGUCAUACAUCAAGACCCCUACCAAAGAGAUUGAACAGCAGCUCGAGGAUUUCACCAAGGUCUGCUCCUAUGUCUCUGGCCAGUACGAUAAGGAUGAGUCGUUUGAGGGUCUGACGAAGCACUUGGAGGAGUUGGAAAAGGGACGUUCCGAGCACAACCGCCUCUUCUACAUGGCUCUUCCACCAUCCGUCUUCACAAUCGUCUCUCAGCACCUCAAGAAGUGCUGCUACCCUUCCAAUGGCAUUGCUCGUGUAAUUGUCGAGAAGCCGUUUGGAAAGGAUCUGGCCAGCUCCCGCGAGCUGCAAAAGUCUCUCGAGCCCGACUGGAAGGAGGAAGAGCUGUACCGAAUUGACCACUACCUGGGCAAGGAGAUGGUGAAGAAUAUCUUGAUCAUGCGCUUUGGAAACUCCUUCCUCGGCGCGACUUGGAACCGUCAUCACAUCGACAAUGUCCAGAUCACUUUUAAAGAACCCUUUGGUACUGAAGGUCGCGGUGGUUACUUUGACGAGUUCGGCAUCAUCCGUGACGUCAUGCAGAACCACCUACUUCAGGUCCUGACCCUUCUGGCCAUGGAGCGCCCCGUCUCUUUCGACUCUGAGGAUAUCCGCGACGAAAAGGUGCGCGUUCUCCGCGCUAUCCCUACUCUUGAGCCCAAGAAUGUCAUCAUUGGCCAGUACGGACGCUCGCUCGACGGCAGCAAGCCCGCUUACAAGGAAGACGAUACGGUACCUCAGGACUCGCGUUGCCCUACCUUCUGCGCCCUGGUCGCCUACAUUAAGAAUGAGCGUUGGGACGGUGUUCCUUUCAUCAUGAAGGCUGGUAAGGCCCUAAACGAGCAGAAGACCGAGAUCCGUAUCCAGUUCAAGGACGUUACCUCUGGCAUCUUCAAGGACAUUCCUCGCAACGAGCUGGUCAUGCGCAUCCAGCCCAACGAGAGUGUUUACAUCAAGAUGAACUCGAAGCUCCCUGGUCUCAGCAUGCAAACCGUUGUUACCGAACUCGACCUCACCUACCGCCGCCGCUUCUCCGAUCUCAAGAUUCCCGAGGCCUACGAGUCGCUGGUUCUGGACUGCCUCAAGGGUGACCACUCCAACUUUGUCCGUGACGACGAGCUCGAUGCCAGCUGGCGCAUCUUUACCCCUCUUCUGCACUACCUUGACGACAACAAGGAAAUUAUCCCAAUGGAAUACCCAUACGGCUCGCGUGGCCCUGCUGUGCUCGACGACUUCACGGCUUCAUAUGGAUACAAAUUCAGCGAUGCUGCCGGUUAUCAGUGGCCGACAACAUCUGCUGUGCCUAGCAACAACAAUAGCAGCAGCAGCAGCAACAAGUUGUAA